GGCUCUCUGUCAUUCAUUUCUGGAGAACUAAGAAACACAGGGAUCUUCUCCAACCCAUGACCAGAUGGAUCUGCUGUCUGCAAGAGCCACUGCAAAUAAAAUAGGAGAGAGAACAAGAAGAAAUGUGAAUGGGAUCUUUCCCCUGUUGGUGCUAUUGUUGCUCACUUUCCUUCUGAUGUUGGGUCUGAGUAAAAGUCUGGAUGAGGACCUUCAAGAGAAGUCUUUUGAGGAGGAGCACAUAGACUACCCUAAGUCAAACCGCUUGUUCAGGUACUGUAACUCCAUGAUGCUGUUGAAAAAAAUCCGAGGACCCAAUGACACCUGCAAGCGAAAGCAUGUAUUCAUCCACGAGAGGCUAGACAACAUUGUUAGCAUGUGCAACAACUUUACUACUAUCACUACAUGCAAGUACCCCUCAAGGAUGAACUGCCACCACAGCCAGAGGAAGCUCCAGCUGACAGACUGUAAACUCACUGAAGGUAGACGGUUCCCAGGAUGCAAGUAUCAAUCUCUCCCCAAGUUCAACUCUAUCCUCUUCAACUGUGAUGAAAUAGGGCCUGUAUACUUAUAUAAAAUUGUGGAGGAUUCCUAGACCAGCUCUUCUGCUUGGGUCCUCCUGUCCCAGCUCCAGUUGUGAAUCUUCCUCCUCACUGAUCCCUAUAAUGAUGAAGGUGGGGCUGAGAGGGGAGGGCCAUGAAGGUGCUCUCUUGAGUGAAAUAGUUCGGGACCAGGAAUGAUCCUUGCAGAGCAAAAACCUCUGCAGUAUUGCUGAGGCACACUCUUCUCGUUGUCUUUUACUUCCAUUUUCUUCUAUUUGUUUUUUCCUUCUGUUUUCUUCUAUUUGUUUUUUCCUUCAAUAAACUGCACUGAAUGAUGAGCCAUGAGUGUGUUUAGGUAUGCUGGAGGCAAGCAGGCUUUACUUGUGGGAAUACCAAUGAAACUUAUAUAAUAUAUGGAGUAGGUAUAAUGGAUCGUUACCUAUGUGUUAUCAGAGAUACCUGGGAAGGGCUCUAGAGCUCUUCAAGAUGCUGUUUGACAUUCUAUUAUUACAGCUUUAUUCUUUUGGCUCAUCUUUCCUUCCUCGUAAAUGAAAAUGCCAUUGGAUAAAAUAAACCUUACGUUUU